CAGAGGAGGAGAUCAGCGACGCGGGGCGGGAGCUGGAGAAGCUGGGGCUGCAGCUGCCCGCGUUCGGCCGCAUCGGGGGCAUCCUGGCCGACGAGCUCUCGCUGGACGAGGCCGCAGUGCACGCGGCCGUGCUGGCCAUCAACGUGGCCGUGCGGCGCGGGGACGCGGGGGGGACCAUGGAGGCCCUGCUCCAUCCCGGGGCGAUGCUGCGGGGGCUGCGCCCGGCGCUGGCGGCCGCGUACCAGGAUGCGCUGCACCGGGCCCAGGAGGAGAAGGGCAGCGGCGCCGGGGAGCGGGUCCCAGCAGGCGGGGAGGAUGCAUACAAGCGCUGCCUGACACAGGCUGAGAUCCAGGAGAACAUCAGCAGGGUGAACGCUCACGCGGCUCUGGAGGAGGUGGACGAUGCUGUGCGGAGAGGGGACGCGCCGAUGCUGCACCGCGCGCUGCAGGACCCCGCGCUGAGCCUCCCCCCCCUCCAGCGGGACAACCUGCAGCUCUGCCUGGAGCUGCUCAGCGCCCAGCGGCAGCAGAAGGCUCUGGAGCUCGGCUACGUGGAGCUGCUGGAUGAGGAGGAGGUGGCCAUGGGCAUCCGGGCAGCCAACGAGACGGGCGAGGAGGAGAGAGCCAGUGAGCGGGAGCGGGGGGGAUUGGCCCUGGGCACGGCCGCCAUCAACCAGGCCAUCAGGGAGGGACGAGCGGCGCAGACGCUGCGGGUGCUGCGGAACCCGGCCGUGGCGCUGCGCGGGGUGCUGGACGCCUGCGCCGCAGAGUACCAGGAGCAGCUGGAGGCGCUGGCAGCCACCAAGAGCCCCACGGGGAGCUCCAAGCCCCGCUGGGUGCGGCACCGCCUGCGCGACGGCUCCGAGUUCUACCUGAGCCUGCAGAGCUUCGAGGGCAGCUGGGAGCGGCCGCGCGACGGCGAGCUGUGUGCCACGCACCUGAGCCGGGACGAGAUCCAGAUCCCCAAGCGGAGCACGUGGAGCCGCGCUCAGAUCCCGGCUCAGGAAUCCGCCCUGCAGCCGGCGCCCGCGCACUCUCCCUUUGCAGAGGGGGGGUCCCACGCGGCACCGCUGCUGUUUGCAAGGGCGAAGGAAUUUGUGGUCGCUUUGAGGCUGUCGGUGUGGGCCCCUCGGUGA